AUGAGCAUUAGUGAAGACGAUGUGGAGAAGUUUCUUGAUGGCAACCCUGCUUUUGCCAAGCAGUACUUUGAGAAGAAACUGAGAACAGAGUCCUGGGAUAGCAAUGAGAGUGACAUCCUUUUUGAGUUGAUCCAAGACAUGCAAGAAAGCAUCAACAUGGAGAAAGUGGUUUUCAAGACCUUGAGAAGAAUCAGGUCCCUUAUUCAUGCUGACCGCUGUAGUCUCUUCAUGUACAGGCAGAGAAAUGGCACGCCUGAACUAGCAACAAGGCUUUUCAACAUCCAAGAGGGAAGCACCCUGGAGGAAUGUCUUGUCUCCCCAGACUGCGAGAUUGUCUAUCCAUUGGACAUAGGCAUUGUGGGCUACGUUGCGCAAACCAAGAAAACCAUGAAUAUCAAGGAUGUCAGUGAGUGUGCCCAGUUCAGUCCAUUUGUUGAUGAGCUCACCGACUACACUACGAAAAGCAUCCUUGCGACACCCAUCUUGAACGGCAAAGAUUUAGUUGCUGUCAUUGUGGCUAUUAAUAAGCUGAACGGCCCACACUUCACCAGCUCUGAUGAAACACUUUUCCUGAAGUACCUGAAUUUUGCCUCUUUGAACUUGAAAAUUUAUCACUUGAGUUAUCUUCACAACUGUGAGACUCGAAGAGGCCAGGUGCUGUUGUGGUCAGCUAAUAAGGUUUUUGAGGAACUGACAGACAUUGAGAGGCAGUUCCACAAGGCUUUUUACACGGUGAGAGCAUACCUGAACUGUGACCGGUACUCAGUAGGUCUCCUGGACAUGACAAAGCAGAAGGAAUUUUUUGACCUGUGGCCAGUCCUGCUGGGAGAAGUUCCCCCCUACUCAGGACCUCGCACCCCAGAUGGCAGGGAAAUAGUCUUUUACAAGGUCAUUGAUUAUAUAUUACAUGGAAAGGAAGACAUUAAAGUCAUCCCAAAUCCUAGUCCAGACCACUGGGCACUAGUUACUGGACUGCCAACCUAUGUGGCUGAAAGUGGAUUUAUUUGCAACAUUAUGAAUGCAGCUGCAGAUGAGAUGUUUAACUUUCAGGAAGGUCCUCUAGAUGAAUCAGGAUGGACUAUCAAAAAUGUUCUCUCCAUGCCAAUAGUGAACAAAAAGGAAGAAAUUGUUGGGGUUGUCACAUUUUAUAACAGAAAAGAUGGGAAACCAUUUGACGAACAGGAUGAGACCCUCAUGGAGUCCUUGACACAGUUCCUGGGCUGGUCGGUACUCAACACAGACACAUAUGAUAAGAUGAACAAGCUGGAGAAUCGGAAGGAUAUUGCUCAGGAUAUGGUGCUCUACCAUGUGAAAUGUGACAGGGAUGAAAUCCAGGAAAUUCUGCCAACACGAGAAAAGCUGGGGAAGGAGCCAAGUGAGUGUGAGGAAGAGGAGCUGGCAAGCAUCCUGAAAGAAGAACUCCCGGGGCCCACCAAGUUUGAAAUCUAUGAGUUCAGGUUCUCUGAUUUUGACUGCACCGAACUAGAGCUGGUGAAGUGUGGCAUUCAGAUGUACUACGAGCUUGGCGUUGUGAAAAAGUUCCAGAUCCCACAGGAGGUUCUGGUAAGGUUUGUGUACUCCGUCAGCAAAGGCUACCGGAAGAUAACUUACCACAACUGGCGCCAUGGCUUCAACGUUGCACAGACCAUGUUCACGCUCCUGAUGACUGGCAAACUGAAGCGUUACUACACCGACCUCGAAGCCCUUGCAAUGGUAACUGCUGCUCUGUGCCAUGAUAUUGACCACAGGGGAACCAACAACCUUUACCAAAUGAAAUCUCAAAAUCCUUUAGCUAAACUUCAUGGAUCCUCAAUUUUAGAGAGACAUCACUUGGAAUUUGGAAAAUUCUUGCUUUCUGAAGAGUCGCUGAAUAUAUGUCAGAACCUCAACCGCAGACAGCAUGAGCACAUGAUUCACCUGAUGGAAAUUGCCAUUAUAGCAACAGACCUGGCACUCUACUUCAAAAAGAGAACAAUGUUCCAGAAGAUUGUUGAUGAGUCCAAGACGUAUGAUAGCAUGACUGCCUGGACUGAAUACCUGUCUCUGGAGACGACAAAGAAAGAGGUUGUCAUGGCCAUGAUGAUGACUGCCUGUGAUUUGUCAGCAAUCACAAAGCCUUGGGAAGUCCAGAGUAAGGUAGCUCUCCUGGUGGCAGCUGAGUUCUGGGAGCAAGGAGACUUAGAAAUAAGCGUCCUUCAGCAACAGCCUAUUCCCAUGAUGGACCGGAGGAAAGCUGCUGAGCUUCCAAAGCUUCAAGUGGGUUUCAUCGACUUUGUGUGCACGUUUGUCUAUAAGGAAUUUUCCCGUUUCCAUGAGGAAAUUCAGCCUAUGCUCGAUGGGCUGCUGAACAACAGAAAUGAGUGGAAGACCCGUGCUGAUGAGUAUGACGCAAAAAUGAAAGCUCUGGAGGAAGAGAAGAAAAAAGAGGAAGAGAAGAUGGCUGCAAAGAAAGAUGGAAUAACCUGUAAUGGUGGAACAGCUCCAGCUUCCAAAACCUGUAGCAUACUUUAGACCUAUUAUCAAUGCAAUAUAUGCCACCCAAAAUGACAAUGCCCAUGCUUUUAAAAAAAAAACAAAAAAGUAAUCAUGGCAUACAAAUACAUUCCUGAUUGGACUGUUCUGCCACUUUAAUUAGGUUUAUGACCAACCAGGGAAGGGCUAGAUCUCGUUUGCCUUAAUUGCAUCUCUUCUGGACGGUGAGGAGCCAGUUCUGGCCUGUCUCUUGCUCCAUUUAAUGCACCUGAUGUCAGAUGGCAUAUGGCGAGUCAGAACAACAUGUGG